AUGGCGGCGGCGCCCCCGGGCGGGGCGGGGGGCUCGCGCUGGACCUGGCGGCCGGUGGCCCGGGACGCGCUCCUGGCGCGGGCCUUCCACUCGUGCACCGAACUGCGCGGCCGCCUCUACCUGGUGGGGGGCCUGCUGGCCGGAGGCGCGGCCGCGCCGAGCGCCGACACGGUGGUCCUGGACCCGGCAGGGCCGGCCGUGCGGGCGGGGGCGCGGGGCGGCCCGCGGCGCAGCCACCACGACGCGGCGGCGCUGGGCGGGCGCUGGCUGUGCGCCGUGGGCGGCUGGGACGGGGCGCGCCGCCUGGCCGCCGUGGCCGCCCUGGACGCCGAGCGCGGCGAGUGGGAGGCGUGGGCCGCGGCGCCCGGCAGCUGCGCCCCCGCCGGCCUCAGCAGCCACACCUGCACCCGCCUCUCGGACCGGGAGCUGCGGGUGGCCGGCCGGGAAGGGGGGACCCGCACUCAGCGUCGCUACGGAAGCAUCUACACGCUGAGGCUGGACCCCGGCGCCCGCACCUAUAGCUACAGGGAAGAGAGCUGCCGCUCCGCCUCCCGCUCCGGGCACUGCGCCGCGCUGCUCCCCACGCCCGGGCCCCGCCCGGGCCACCAGCUGCUGCUCUUUGGAGGCUGCGACUCGGCCGAACCGGAAGUAGCCGGGCACUGGCGCCACGGGGAGAUCCGGGAGGAAGCGCCUGCUGCCCCCCUUUUAACGGAACAGCUGUCAAAGCUCGUGAGCAGCGGGCAGGGGUCCCGGCAUGGGCCUCGGGGCCUCCGGCAUCAUUCAUGCUCUGUGGUCGGGCCCUUUGCUGUGCUGUUUGGUGGAGAGACUCUGACCAGAGCUAGAGACACCAUCUGCAACGACCUCUACAUCUACGAUGCCCGCAGGGCUCCUUCCCUGUGGUUCCGCUUCCCCUGUGCAGACCGCGCACUGAAACGCGUGGGCCACCGGACCUGCCUUUGGAAUGACCAGCUGUACCUGGUGGGGGGUUUUGGGGAGGACGGCAGGACAGCCAGCCCACAGCUGUGCAUCCUGGACCUCUUUCUGUAA